GUGACCGCUGAUUGGGAAGCGACGCACAGGCCACGUGGUUUGUGUGCUUGCCCUCUCGGAUUCCGGCGCAGGCACGCGCCUUUGCCGGUUACCCCACACCACCGGGCUCCGGGGAAAAGACGGCAGCAAAGCCCAGAAGGGGAACACUCCCGCACCACACCGCACACCUUCCCACGCAACCCUCGUCUACACCCGCACCCUUCCUUUCUCCCCUUUCAUCUCAUCUCGAUUGUACCGUACUGUACCGUCUGUAGUCUAGUCCAAUUUCUCUUAUUCUACUUCACAGCAAACAUUACCAAGCAUCCCUCGAACCAUGUCAGCCGUCAAGCUCCCAACGCAAAACGCUCUCCCCGUCCCCCCUGGAGCCGGUCUCAACUCUCCUGCCUCUAGUACUCUCACUAGCAACCCUCUAUUGUCCCGCUACCUAGUAGCACUUCAAGCCAAUCCCCUCCGGACUAAGCAGAUUACCUCUGGUGUCCUAUCCGCUCUCGCUGAAGUCCUCGCGGGACACUUUGCCGGUCUACCCUCUGCUGCUGCGAACAGUAAGGAGCGUCAGCACCAGGCUGAUCAGGGUGGGAUUCUAGGUCUUACCUCUGCCCUUCUUGCUAAAGCGGGAAUCAAUGAUCGGGCAGGUAAAAUGUUCAUCUAUGGAUCAUUGGUGAGCGCACCAUUGGGACAUGUGCUCACGGGAAUGUUGCAGAGGGCAUUUGUGGGAAAGACGAGCCCGAGGGAUAAGGUGAUGCAGAUUAUCGUGAGCAGCUUGACCGUCACGGUGAUUACCAACAUUGUGUACCUCGCCUCAAUGGCCGUGGUCAACGGCGCUCGUGCUCCAGAGAAGAUCAUGGCCGUCGUCAAGGCGGGCAUCUGGAAGAUGCUCCAAAUCAGCUGGGCUACAAGUCCCCUCGCCAUCGCCUUUGCGCAGAACUACCUCCCACCUGAGCUCUGGGAGCCAUUCUUUACCGUCAUCCGCUUCUUCCUCUCAACUGCCUUUAACACAAUGGCAAAGAAGAAGCAAGUGGCACUCGCUCGCAAAGAGGCACUUCGAAGAGGUGGCAAUGGUGGAGGUACAAGUGGCAGUGCAAGUGGGAAUGGAGGGGAAAAGGAUUUGGGAGAUGCUGAUAUUAGGAGCAAGGCGGCUGGUGGAAGCCGCUAGAGUGAGCGAAUCAGGUCAGCGGAGAGGAUUGCGGAAAGUUGGGCGUAGGCGCAGGAGGGAGAGCGUCUUGUUGUGUACCGAGUCGCUUCUGGUCCUUCCGCGAAUUUGAACAGGCCUCUUCCGCCCACCUCACUGCAACAGAUGUCCACUUGAAUGAACGAAAGUAUGUUAUUCUUCUUCUACUACUGUCGCCACACCCCACCACUA